AUGUUGACAAAUUUGGAUUAUGAAUAUAAAGAGAUUGAAGAGUGUGCAAACUGGAUAGCUAAUAUAGGUGACGGAACAGUUAGUAAUUCAAGUGAUGGUGAAACAGAUAUUACAAUUUCAGAUGAGUUAUUGCUCAAGUGUGAUUAUGAUCCUAUUGCUACAAUUGUUGAUAGCACCUUCCCUAUGUUUAGACGUGGUAAUGGGGAUUUGUCAUAUCUUAAGGAUAGUGCUAUUUUGGCUCUAACAUUGGAUUUUGUAGAUAGCAUUAACCAAUACAUGAAUGAUCAUAAUCCGGCUGAGGGUGGGACUUACUUGAGUUGUGAUUCUGUUUGUAAGUCAGAUUCGAAUGUAGAUAUCUUAGCGGAUUUGCACACUCCAGAAUUCUUGAAUGGUCUGCGAUGUUCUGGAGUACCUAUCAUGCUUUGA